AUGACCAGAGAACACCAGCCGCCGCCGCCGCCGCCGCCGUCCCAGUCGACUGAUGUCACCGCCUCUUCGACCAGCUCCGCGGCCAACCCGCACCACAUUUCACCCAACGCACCGCCUCGUCCGCUGCUGCCACGCCUGCCUCGCAGUGCCGCCGUGCUCAGGAGGUCGCCCGCAGACGACCCGCGAUCGCCUGGACCGCGCCCAGAGGACGACGACGAUGAGAAUGCAUCAGCCACCGAGACCGAGACCGACAUGAGCGAGGACGAAAUCGCGCCCGGCAACGACACCGUCCGAGUGCAAGCGCGCUCAGACGUUGUGCCGCCCGGCAAAGGGUCGCCUGACGAGAUUGAGAUUGAGCGCCUGCGCAGUCUGCAGCUGAAGAUACUGCAGCAGCAGCAGCGAGCACGCAUGAGGAAUGUGUCGGGCACCGCGGGCACGCCUGGCCUGGGUGCCCGGCGAGUGUCCCCCAUCAAAGAAGAGCCCCUCUCCGCCAUGUCGCCCACCCUCGAAGGCGCCUUUGCAAGCACACCGAGCCCGUUGCCAACAGGAGCCACGGUAUCCACCGAAUCAACCGAAUCCACUGAAUCGGCAAAGACCAUCCGCGGGAGCAUGCCACCCACACCAGCUGGCCACGUAGCACUGCGAACGCCGUCGUACCCCUUCCCCACCGUCCCCGGCACGCCACGAUGGGCGGCGUCGUUCCACAUGCCCUUCACCAGCCUGUCGCCUACCGUCUCUGCGAUCUAUUCCAGGGAGUGGGCUGUACCAAAGGACCGCAUCGCCUCGGAAUCAAGCACACCGGCGGCGUCGACCACCCCAUUUGCGCCGGGUGAGCGGGGGGCCUUCUUCUCCGAAGCCGAAGAUCCUCGUUAUCCCAGCCCCAACCUUUACGAGCUGGUUCUACAGCUUGGCAUUGAGCCUGGACUGGUAGCAUGGUGGACAGCAGUAACCACAAUCGUCAGAGAGCAUUACGGCGCAGAAAGAGCUACGCUAGCUGUACCAGCAGAUGCGUCUGACAUCGAAAACGUGCCGUGGGGACAGAAGAUGACUUACACGGCCACUCUGGGAGACCACAGCCCACGUGCUGCGACAUAUCAGGAAGCAGCUAUCAAGAGCCACCCAAUCCGAGUGCAGCAGCCCACUCCACAGAUGGAAGAAAGACCGCCCCCAACCACAAUCCCGGAAAGGAGACCUAAGCUAUUCUCACACCACUCUUUUGCCGGCCACGAGCGCCAAAAGGCUGAAGCAGCCUUCCCUGAAUCGUCUGCCCCGUUGAAACCAAUUCGACCGAGGGGACCAUUAAGGGCUGUUAGCCAUGCCCCGCAGACGCCUUUGAGGGAACAUCCUUUGAGACAAGUCUCUCAAGCCUCUUUUGAUGGAUCAUCGUCGCCGUUUCCAAGCUUUACUUCCGCCUCAGCUCAUGAUCCGUCGUUCAGUGAUCCGGACUUCUCAAGCGUCGGCGGAGAACCAACGUCGCCCAAGGCGGUCUUUAGCGUACUUCGUGCCCUCGACCACGAACCGGACGCCUUGAUCGACAAUACUGGGGUGAAUAGAGUUCUGGAAAGAGGACGCCUGGUAACUCUGACACGAGACUAUUCGACGUCCAUGUCGACCUCUCGUGAAAACCUCGCCGAAAAGGAGAAGCUAGAGGAAGGCAAACCUUCGGCCGUGCAAGCUAGCGCCGCAGGAGCAGAAGCACAGAAAGCUGCACGUAGCCACGGCGGGCUCACUGCAAAGUCCGGAAAUCUAGCAACUACCCUAGGACUACAACCUCGUUACGAAGAAUAUGAGCAGUAUCCAACUUCGCCGUGGGCACAGUCGCCCGCCCCGUCGCCCGCGAUACAGAACGACGCAGACGCCAACCCCUUCUUCGCUACGAGCAAUGUUGAUGAGGACACAUUCAAUCCCUCGAGAUCGCCCCAGGACUAUACACAAUAUGGCGUUGUUGAAGCAAUUGGUGUAGACAGGGCUAGCACUGUCAUCCACAUCCCACUUAUCCACCCCUCUUUGUCGCAGGUCAUGCACGCCGCUGAGACAAGCACACCGUCACGGACGUCAGGUUUAUCACGAAGACAAUCCAUGCAAUCUUCACAAACUUCGACACCGCGAGUCGAAGACUUUGUUCGUAAAGCACCCAUCGCCAUUCUCUCGAUCCUAUCACCCGUCGUCCCUUACCCGCGCAACCUGACCAACUCGCUUAAGCACCUUGGACCUCAUCUUGCGACCUCUUUCUCGAAUGCUUGGCAGUUCACGAACGCGCAGGUCCAAGUCAACUCGAUCAGGCAGCGGCGGGCAGGAGGACAAGGUCCUGUAAGCACCAAUAUCUCGGAUCCUGAGAGCCUGGACGAUUUGCUGCAUCUUGACCUGGGAGAUCUCUCAAACUCCGCACCUGGAAGUGUCACUAGUCCGUCCGAUUAUUCUGGCCGCUCUAAACACAGUCCUGGUGGUUCCAUCACCGGCACUCCUGGCUGGGAUGCUGCUUCUUUGGGCUUCUCAAGCAAGCACUCCAUAAGUAGUACACCAGGCCAUCUUUCGGGGAGCGACGCUGUCGAGGGUUAUUUUGAUGCGAAGAAGAAGAUGACAAGUGCGCCGAGCCAAUCGAAGACGUCUGACAAAAAGGUCGAGAAAAAAGCGAGCGUCAAUCCGGUUGUAGAAUACUUUGAAGAUGAUAUUCCCACGCCGAAGAACGAGAAAGGAACCAAAGAUGAGCCCUCGAACACUGGAAAGAACGCACAACACCAACGUGGCCACUCACUGCUGCAUUCAUAUGGCGCUGACUUUGGAUCAUCAUUCCAAUCUCUACCGGCAGCGACUACCCCUGGAGGUCGCGCGCCCGAGACUCCUGGACAUGCAAGACGAAAUUCUAUCACCGAGACUUUCGAGAUGCCGCCUCCGUCUGAAAGUCUUCUGCGCACAAUUAUUGAUUCUCUGCCUGUCCAGAUUUUUACAGCUGCGCCAAACACCGGUGCAAUUACCUGGGUGAACUCGAAGUUUCUGAUUUAUGGAGGUCAGGACACUCGUCAAGUAUUACAAGAUCCUUGGGAAUCUAUCCAUCCAGACGAUCGUGAAUCGUAUCUUGAACAGUGGAACAAGUCAUUACGCACAGGUCAACAACUCCAGAAGAAAGUCCGUCUGCAGCGAUUCGACAAAUGCUACAGAUGGUUCUAUGUCCGAGUGGCGCCUCUCAAGAAUAAACGUCAACAAAUUGUGCACUGGAUCGGAACCAACAUGGAUUUCCAUGAGCAGCAUCUCGCCGAACUGAACUCGGCUCGACAACAAGAGACAGCUGCUUCUGAGGCGAAGUACAGAGCCCUUGCAAAUUCAAGCCCCCAGAUUGUGUUCGUUGUUUCCAAUCGCAGGGGUUUGACAUUCUGCAACUCACAGUGGACCACCUUCUCUGGACAGGCGGAGAAGGAGGCUCUUGUCAAUGGCUUCUUGGAGUACGUGCAUUCAGACGACGUCAUCAAAUGCAAGCUACCGGACAUUGGUGAAGAUGGAUCUGCCAAUGUGCCAACCUCGAUGCCCCCAGAGCAUAGCCGGCACAACUCGCAGAACUCUUCUUCGUCUGACGAUUCUUCUGAAACCGACAGGACGGUCACAAGCCCCGGCUCGACACCUGACAAAAUGGAUAUGCCUCAAGCGAAGUUGUCAAAAUUGGCAAGCACAGGCAUCCUCAAGGUCGCCAAAGAUACUGAUGGCCGUGCCUUCUACUCUACAGAGGUACGAUUGCGUAACAAGGAUGGUGAAUACAGAUGGCACUUGGUCAGGAUUCUGCUUGAGAAAUCACUUGCUGAGGACAGUGCUGAGGAGAGCUGGUACGGCACCGCUACUGACAUCAACGACCACAAAUUGCUCGAGCAAACGCUGAAGGAGACUAUGGAUGCUAAGACGAGAUUUUUGAGCAACAUGUCACAUGAAAUUCGUACACCCUUGAACGGCAUCUCAGGCAUGGUCAAUUUCCUCCAGGACAGUCCACUCAAUGCGGAGCAGUUGGAGCACGUCAACAUCAUCAACGCUAGUACUGCCAGCUUACUUAAUCUGAUCAACGAUAUUCUUGAUCUCUCCAAGGUCGAAGCUGGUAUGAUCAAGCUGUCCAUGGAGUGGCUGCACUUGCCAUCACUCUUGGAAGAGGUGAACGACCUCAACAUGGGUUUGGCUAUUCAGAAGGGUCUUGAGUUAAAUUACUUGGUGGAAGAGGGCGUGCCCUCCAUGGUCAAGGGCGACAAGUUCCGCAUUCGACAGGUACUACUCAAUGUUGUAGGAAACGCGAUCAAGUUCACACCAAAGGGAGAGAUAUUCGUACGCUGCAGACUGCAAUCCCCAGAACGUUCCGGACCGCUGGGAGAAAACGAAACGAUGGUCCGAUUUGAAGUGGUUGAUACAGGACGUGGAUUCACCGAGAGUGAGGCAAAGUACCUGUUUAAACGGUUCAGCCAGAUCGACGCCAGCAGCACAAGACAGCACGGUGGCACAGGUCUUGGAUUGGCCAUCUCCAUGCAAUUCGUCGAAUUACAUGGAGGAAAGAUGGACGCGCGCAGUGUGCCUGGCAAGGGCUCUACAUUCUUCUUCACGAUCAAGUUUGGUCUUCCUACGCCGACCGAUUUCCCGAAACCACUGGUGGCGACACCUCUUACGCCAGCUACGGAACUGUCUAGUAUUGUUCCACCAUUGCCAGUUCCACAGCCAUCGCCAUAUCAGAAGCCGGCAUUCCCACAGAUCAGCGGCAGUGCACAGAGUAUGAAGCUGAAUCGCGUGUCCAGUAUAUCUUCGGAGCAGAGUGUCAGGUCUCCAGCUGCAAGUUCAGCGGCCUCGAUCAGAUCACAAGAUUCACCAUCGCUCUCCUCUGGUAGCUCGGAUCAUUCGCUCACAAGCGCAGCACUCACGGGCAAGUCGAGCUUGCGGUCUGAGAGGUCGUCUGCCUCCUCCUUCUUAGCGGAUAGCCGCAUUACAAGCCCGGACCCGGAAAUCAAUCUUUCCUUGCCACCAAAACGAGCCGACAGCCAGGGCACUAUAUCAACAGACUCACUGACAUCAAAUGCCACAGCCCGCCCUGCAACAGCACCAGCUCAUAUCACGUCACCGUUGGCCCAACCGCCUAUGUAUUCCAUUUUGGUUGUAUGUCCUCUGGUACACAGUAGAGAGGCCACCAUCCGGCAUAUCAAGAACACUCUUCCACAAGGCAUCCCACACCAGGUCACCGGAGAAGAGAGCCUGAUAGGCGCACAGAGGAUGCUUGGUGGAGAUAGUCCGGUCAUAUUUACUCAUGUUGUAUUGGUCCUCCAUGACACCGCGGAGGUACAUGCCAUCGUAGACCAGAUCUUCAGUUCUGUCCACUACGGCAGUACAUUCGUUGUGGUCGUCUCUGAUCCGUCGCAAAAGAAGGAGCUUAUGAAGGAGGCAUCGGUCUAUGAUUACGAGCAGUUGAAUCUCGACCGACGACUUCAGUUCAUCUACCGGCCUCUGAAACCUUCCAAGUUCGCCGUCAUCUUCGACCCGGAAAAGCAGCGUGAGUCCAGUACAGAUCGCAAUCAAGAUACCGCGCAGCAAGUUGUUGUCAGCCAGAAGCUCGUCUUCGAGGAGCUCAAGAAGCGUCUCGGUGGUAAGGGCCAUAAGGUUUUGCUUGUCGAGGACAACCAGAUCAAUCAGACUGUCAUUCUCAAGUUCCUUGCCAAGAUCGACGUGACAACCGAUACAGUUCUUGAUGGCGUGCAAUGCACGGACACUGUGUUUGCAAAGCCGCCGGGAUACUAUUCUAUCAUCUUGUGCGAUCUCCACAUGCCGAAUAAGGACGGCUACCAAGCCUGUAAGGAGAUCAGACGUUGGGAGAAAAAGAAUGGCUACAAUCGCCACCCGAUCAUCGCCCUCUCCGCCAACGUUCUUGGCGAUGUCUACGCGAAGUGCGUCGAGGCUGGCUUCAACUCUUACGUCACAAAACCAGUCGCCUUCAAAGAACUCUCUCUCGUCAUGACAAAGUUUGUGGAUCCGGUCGAUCCAUCCAAACCACCUGAACUUAUGAAACUUCGAAAAUCCUGA